AUGUCUAGAUUAAACGAAUAUCAAGUCAUUGGUAGAAGAUUACCUACUGAAUCAGCACCAGAACCAAAAUUAUUCCGUAUGAGAAUUUUUGCUCCAAACACUGUUGUUGCAAAAUCAAGAUACUGGUAUUUCUUACAAAAAUUACAUAAAGUUAAAAAAACCUUAGGUGAAAUUGUUUCAAUCAAUGUUAUCAAUGAAGCUAAACCAACUAAAGUUAAAACUUUUGGUAUUUGGAUCAGAUACGAAUCAAGAUCAGGUAUCCAUAAUAUGUACAAAGAAUACAGAGAUGUUACCAGAGUUGGAGCUGUUGAAACUAUGUACCAAGAUUUAGCUGCUAGACACAGAGCUAGAUUUAGAAAUAUCCAUAUUUUAAAAGUUGUUGAAUUACAAAAGACUGAUGAUGUUAAAAGACAAUACGUUAAACAAUUCUUAACUAAAGAUUUAAAAUUCCCAUUACCACACAGAGUUCAAAAAACCAAAGCUUUAUACUACAGUCACAGACCAUCAACUUUCUACUAA